CGUGUCAAAAUGCAUCGAUGAAAUGUGGGAUAUAUUAUGCAUCAGCGUGCCGCACGCGCUUGGAGUGAGGCAGGACCUGGGGGAGGAGACAUGUAUCACGCUUUCGCUCAUGCUUGUAUGUUUCGCCUACCAAUCCCACCUCAUCAUGCACAUUGUUCCUGCGACCUGAACGAGCGCACUGACACCACGAUCAUCCAGCAUCCCUCCAGCACACCUUCAUUUUCCGUGGAUCUGCUCGCGCUCGAAGAGAACUGGAGAGCUGGACAGAAUAAACAUCAGUAGCUUUGCGCGAGGCAUUAUUUAAUUUGUCUGACUUCAUGGGACGUGCUUUUAACGCGCACGAAACGGUUUAAAGACCUACGAGUCGUCGUCAUAGUAUCUGUUUCUGUGCUUGGAGACAAUGUUUUAAAGCGAAUACUGGCGCGCGCGCUUCGCUUUAAAUGAGCUCAGAUUGGAGAGCCACUGGGAACCGAAGCAAGGAACUAACUUGAACUACGAAAUCGGAGAGCUCCAGCUACUGUGUUGGAUCAGAGACAACGUCUGCGGCUUCCGGGCCAUGAGUAGUUUUAAGGGCCAGGAUGUGGAAAAACAAGGCAUCAAGCUGCCAAAAAAAUGGACUGAUCCCAAUGAAAAAAUCCCCACAGACCGUACGAUGGUUGUCAGGGGAGUUCUGGGAGGAGGAGAUGCUUCGGAUCCCGCUGGAGGUCCGUUGAGAAAACGGCGUCAGCGCUAUGUGGAAAAGGAUGGCAAGUGCAACGUCCACCAUGGAAACGUACGUGAAACCUACCGCUACCUGACGGACAUCUUCACCACACUCGUAGACUUAAAGUGGCGCUUCAAUCUGCUGGUCUUCACGCUGGUCUACACCACCACCUGGGUGUUCUUUGGCUUCAUCUGGUGGCUCAUCGCCUACACCCGUGGAGACCUGGACCACGCCGAUGACAACGAGUGGACGCCGUGUGUGAAUAACCUCAAUGGCUUUGUCUCUGCGUUCCUUUUUUCCAUCGAGACUGAGACCACCAUUGGUUAUGGGUACCGCGUCAUAACAGACAAAUGCCCAGAGGGCAUCAUCUUGCUUUUGGUGCAGGCCAUCUUGGGCUCCAUCGUCAAUGCCUUCAUGGUGGGCUGCAUGUUUGUGAAAAUCUCACAGCCAAAGAAACGUGCUGAAACGCUCAUGUUUUCCAACACAGCUGUGAUAUCCAUGCGGGACAGCAAGUUGUGUUUGAUGUUUCGGGUCGGGGACUUGCGUAACUCACACAUAGUGGAGGCCUCCAUCAGGGCCAAGCUCAUCCGCUCUAAGCAGACCAAGGAAGGAGAGUUCAUCCCCCUAAACCAGACAGACAUCAACGUGGGUUUUGACACGGGGGACGAUCGGCUGUUCCUGGUGUCGCCGCUGAUCAUUUGCCAUGAGAUCAACAAGAACAGCCCCUUCUGGGACAUCUCUCAGGAGCAACUGGCACGAGAAGAGUUUGAAAUAGUGGUCAUUCUGGAAGGAAUGGUGGAGGCCACAGGAAUGACAUGUCAAGCCCGAAGCUCGUACCUGAAUUCAGAAGUGCUUUGGGGAGAACGUUUCACCCCUGUGCUCUCACUGGAGGAGGGAUUUUACGAGGUGGAUUAUGACACGUUCCACCACACCUACCCUGCACCAACCCCUUCCUGCUCCGCUCGCGAGCUAGCAGAACUGGCAAAGAAAGGGGUAGCUAUACCUUUGCCCCCUAUUUCACCUCCAGCAACCCUGGGAGAGCCCCCAGGCCCAAAGGAGAUGCCUGAGGAGGAGACCAAGGCAGAAGAAGAAGCAGAAGAGACUGUUAGCAAUGGUGAUGUGAACAGAAUGGAGUGUAUGCAAGAAUAAGUUAACACAUUGCAAUCUGAAAUCUUUUGCUGCCCCUUUGUGGCAGACCGAAAUAUACAGAGAUACAAAAACUCAAUUCAGCCACAUAAACUGAGGAAUAGUUUGAAGUCUAUAGGCCUGUAGGUCUACAUUUUGUCGUUGACCCCACACUGGUACUGUUUUCAAGAAUAGAACGAAAGUGCAUAUGGUAAAGUUUUUAAACUUCAGGCACAAAAAUGCUUAAAACCUCUAUCGGCUUGAAUUUAAAUGCAGUUCAUUUCAAUAAGAUGUAUAUAUUCGCAGCUUUGUACUGUGAGUGCUUAACAUGCUACUGAGCUUGCAUCAUUGCUUUUGAGGUUUAUAAGUAUUUCUGUAUCCAGUUUAUAUAUAGAGAUUAAUAUUUUGUUGUUUCAGAUGGUGCUUAUAGCUACACUGCAGCAUUUUAUGAAGGUUGUUUCCACCACAGGAUAACAAAAAUUGGGGAAUUGCAAAUUUACCUCACAACUUACCUGACUUUUUCUCUUGCGAUUCUGAGGGGGGAAAAAAGUCAGAAUUGUGAGAUAUAAACUUGCAAUUCUGAGCAAACAAAAAAAAAAAGUUGCAAUUACCUUUUUUUAUUCCAUUUAAAAAAAAAAAAAAAAACUAUUUGUAUGGAAACUUGUUUCUGCCAUGGGAUAAAAAAAAUUAAAAAGGUAAUUUUGACUUUUCAUCUCAUAAUUCUAACUUUUUUUUCUCACAGUUCUAAGAAUAUAAUCUGAGAAUUACUAUAUAUUAACUCAUAAUUAUGAGAAAAGAAGAAUUUUGAGAUGUAAUAAGUGAGAUAAAAGUUGCAAUUACUUUUUUACCUUAACGUUUUAUUUAAAAAAAAAAAAAAAAAAAAAAAUAAAUUGCAAGGUGGAAACUUGGAAUUGCAAGGGAAAAUAUUUAGAAUUAUGACUUAUUUUUCCUCAGAAUUCCUAGAAAAGAAGUCUGAAUUGUGAGAUAGCUGCAAUUUCCUUUUUUAUUUUAUAUCUCAUGGCAGAAACAGCUUAGCAUCUUCUGUGUGAAACUGCUGGUAAAAAGCAAACAAACAAACAUGUUUUUCGUUUCAUAAUGAAGGACAUCGCAUUACCUAUAGAGGGCGUGUUGAAAAUUCACAGAAUAUGCUUUAAAUUGCACAUCAUGUAUGAAACUAUACACACAUGCCGUGUAGAAUAUAAUUUCUGUAACAAGGAGAUUUUCUGUGUUAGCAAACAGCGACCUCUGCUGUUAGCGGACCUCACAAACUACUGACUGACAGUUUGAGUGAGAUUUGCCAAAGGGUUAAUGGUGGGAAAUCAUUAUUUUAUUUCUUCAGUUGACGGAUAUGUAACACAAACACUAAAAGCUGGAUAUUAACCUCAACAAACAGAACGCACAAUGUAAUUGUUGCUUGUUUAUUAUAUUUUAAAUGUAUGAAAUGUACUGUAGCCUAGCUACUAGCCUAUUUGGUUGAUUUAGUCAUUUUCCAUAUCUUCUGUAUAUCAUUAAUAUUUCUGCUUGAGAAACACCCUCACUGUUAUUUAGAUUAGAUUAGAUUAGAUUAGAUUAGAUUAGAUUAGAUUAGAUUAGAUUAGAUUAGAUUAGAUUCAAUUUUAUUGUCAUUGCACAUGUAAGGUACAAGGCAACGAAAUGCAG